GUUCGUCCACCAGCUGCUCACUCUCCGUCCGCUGCAGCAGAGAUGGCCUCGAAACCGAAAGCCGCGGAAGCAAAGGUGCCUGUCCUCAAGGGCCAAGAAGCCGAGGACAAGGUGCUCGAGUACAUCAAACGCAUGAACCGUCCCUUCGGAGCGGUCGACGUUGCCGCGAACUUGAAGGGCGCCGUCCCAAAGACCGCGACGCAGAAGAUCCUCGUCGCCCUCGCGGACAAGGGCGAGCUCGUGCAGAAGACAUACGGGAAGACCACCUUCUUUGUCGCAAACCAGGACAAACUCGGGGACGUAUCCUCGGAGAAGCUCGCGGACCAAGAAAAGGAAUACAAGAGCAUCGAGGAAGAGAACAAGGCUCUCGCCGCCGACGUCCGUGCACUCUCAACAGAGCUCGCAAAGCUGCGAGCCGCCCCUACCGACGCAGCGCUGGCUGUCUCCCUGGAGGGGGCCAUUUCCGCGACCGAGAAGGCUAGACAGCGGCUCGCGCCGCUGCAGGCGGGCACGCCGCUGGUGUCUGCGGCCGAGCUGGGGGAGCUGGACGCCGAGUGGACGCGGUGGCGGGGCGAGUGGGUGCGGCGGAAGAAGAUCUUCACAACCUUCUGGCAGCUCGCGACGGACCCCCUCCCGCCACAGGACGCGAACGACCUCGCAGACGACCUCGGCGUCGACCUCGACACCCCAGAGCAUGCCGCGCUCGAGCGGGGGCCCGUCUGCGCGAGCACGGGUGGCGCCGGCGUGUUGGGCAAGCGGCGGCGGUAACGGCGCGCCACUCGUCCAUGUGGGUCCCUGUGCCUCGGUGUCUGGUCGGAUUUGGUGCGGUCCUCGUCGUGUUGUGUUGCGUGCGCGCUGUCUGUUUUCGUGAACUCUGUGUGCAGUAUGUGUGUAUGAGAGCGUAUACCAUGUGGAAUGCUAGUGUGAA